AUGACUACAAGGGUGGUCAAGCUGACCGUGAUUACCGAUUUUGCGUGUGCUAGUUGCUGCGUGGGCCAGCAUGAGCUCUUAGACGCCAUCGCGUAUACCCAAGACACCCUGCACCUACCCAUCUCGUUCGAGGUGGAACACCUCCCCUUCCGACUCAUCAACCCUGCCAUUCUUACCGAUUCCAGCAACGCUCCCAAGGUCGAGAAGACCGAUUUCCUCCAGAAGCAACUGGGCAGAGAGCGCUUCUUCAAGCUGCAAGCGGCGAUCGCUAAAUGGGGGGAAGAGAAGGGGAUUCCUAUUUCAUUCAGAGGCGUUAUGAGCCAGACAACUCGUGCCCACCGCCUCUGCCAGAAAGCUUACAAGUUAGGUGGUCAGGACCUCCAACUUCCCCUCCUCUGCGCCAUCUUCAAGGCGCACAUGGAAGACGGCCGAGACAUCGCUGAUAUCAACAUCCUCGCCGAGCUUGCGGAGGAGUCGGGAACGAUGUCCAAGGAUCAGGCGGCCGCGUUCCUCAACUCAGACGAGCUCGAAAAGGAGGUCAACCAGAUGUGCGAUGAGGCGAGGUCAAAAGGUAUCACAGGCGUGCCCAUGACCAUCAUCGAUGGAAAGUGGGCCGUCAGUGGCGGCCAAUCUUCGGACGUGUUCAUUCAGAUUUUCAAGAAGCUUGCUGCUGCGGGUCCUCAUUGCGCCCCAUCGCCGUUCUCAGGCUCUGUCGUGGAAACGAGCAUAGUUGCGUGA